AUGGCCGACCCAACACCCAUAUCCCCAAUCCACCGCACAUCCACAUUUCCCCACAAAACCUCGCCGGCUGUAUCCACCCAAACCCCGCUCAUAAACACAGACACGCCCGCCAUCAACGCCGGCGCACCCGUGGAACUUCCUGCGGACGAAGUUGCCAGCAUACCACCAGGCCAACAUGAAGUGGUGGGAAGGAAGGCGGUCGAGGAAGAGGUCAUGAAGAAGAGAUUGCAGGAUCAAGGUGUUAUUGUGGAUGUUGGAAAGGAAGGGUUGAGCGCGGAGGAAGUGAGAGCGGCGACUGCGAGGAGAGAGAGGCCACAAUGA